AUGGCUGUACUCUCACAAAAUUACUACCAGGAUGGCUCCCAGGCAGUGUUCGGACCAACCUGCUACGACGAUAUUCCAAAAGUGUCUGGUUUGUCACUGGAUUUCAAUAUUCUUCAAUUCAAUGUGUGGGGAGAUAACACAAUUGUCAACGAGGACAACAAUGCCAUUCAGAGCCAGCAACUGUCAGUUCUCAGCCUGAACGAGCAUAUGGAAACUAAGGUGAAAAUGCGUGAAUUUCUACGGGCGCGACAGCUAGCAACAAUUAACCAGACCUAUGUUCUUGUGGAAACGAUCGCUCUCAAAGAACGUUUGGUUUUCUUCAAACAGGAUAUCGACCUCCUGCUCAAGAUAAAACAAUCCAGCCAUGAAAACGUGAACCCAUUCAUUGGAGUCUCUUACGACAGCACUCGUCUAUACGUUCUAUGGACACACUGCUUCCGAGGAUCAUUAGCCGAACAGAUUUUUGGACGAAAAGAUGAACGGGCAACGUUCGAUAAUAACUUUCGCGGAGCAUUCGUCAGAGACAUUUUGAAAGUUUCCGGAUUCGGUGUUUCACGAAUGCUUUUUCGUAUGAAGAAUUCUGGUGUCAUAGGAACAGAAGAUGGCCGACCGUUCAUCCCUAAUGCAGAUCUCCACUACUUUGCUCCUGAAAUUCGAUCAGAACUGCGAUCGCUGAUGUUUUCGAACAAAUUCGAAGGGCUCCAUUUAACUAAUGCUACUGGAAAGGCUGCGGACAUGUGGUCUUUCGGUACGAUCCUGUUUGAGAUUCUGUUUCGCAAAAAAUAUGUCGACGUGGAUGACUACUAUGAUGGUGAAGACGACGUUAUUAUAUGCGAGAAAGCCGAUGAUGUUCUGCAAGCCAAUCCACCACAUGUGCCAGAAGAUCGUGAGAUUCACGCCGAUCUUCGUGGACUCAUACAGAAGUGUUGGGAUAACGUGGACGGCCGACCGGAUGUAAACCGUGCCAGAAAAAUUACGGAUGCAACAUUGAAAAUGUCUGGAUCACUUGUCGACCAAAUGAUAAAAAACAUGGAAGAAUACACUAACGGACUUGAAGAGCUCGUUAAACGAAGAACUGGACUGUUGGAACAAGCGCAGCAAAAGGCAGACGAAUUACUCUCGGAACUGCUCCCCAAAUCAGUAGCUGAAGAGCUAAAGGUUGGCAGGAGAGUGAAUGCUAAAAACUACAAGUCGGCGACAAUACUUUACUCGGAUAUCGUC